AUGGCAAAGAAAGAAACUAGUGAUGAGCAUCAAGUAGUGGUACUUGAUGAAAAAGUCAACAAAAGGCAAACCAGUCUAAAUGAAGAGGGUGAGGAUGAAGAUGAUGAUGAUGAGGAGGACGAAGAUUAUGACCCAGAAAAGAAACAACAGGACGAAGAAGCAAUAAGUGAAGAUGAAGAUGAGGACGAAGAUAUCAAAUCUUCAAAGAUUCCGGAUUAUUCAACUAUUGAAUCCAAUACAUCACAAGUAAGAACGCGAUCACAGUUAUUAAAUGCAAAGAUAUCUAAACAAACUAAAUUCAUUGGGAAUUUCGAAGUGGAUCAGAAAACUGGUUUGGUGAAAGAACAAUCAGAUUUGGAUAUUAACUCGAUAUUUGAUAGUUUGAAAACAGCAAAACUGGUGUAUGAUAUACUAGAUUCUGAACGUAACGAUGAUAAAACUAAGGAAGGUAAAGAGGAGCAGGUUGUUUCAGAAGUGAGAGAUCCUCUGGCACCAAAACAAAUCAAGAUCCAAAUAAACUAUACAUUUGCCGGGAAACUAAUAACCGAAACUAAAAUGGUUGAUGAGAAUUCACAAGAGGCUAAAGCUUAUAUUAAUUCUACUAGUAGUAUAUCAAGUGCCACUGUGGAUAAUGAAAUCCCAUAUAGACGUUCACAUGUGAAUGUGUUUCGAACUGAUCCAGUCACAAAGGAAACUAAAGAAUUGAGAAUUAAACUUAAAAGACCAUCAUUGAUUGAUAGAUUCUUGGAAGUAAAUUCAAAUUCAAAGAAAAUGAAGUUAUCUACACUUGAAAAAUCACGUUUGGACUGGGCAAGUUUCGUUGAUAAGAGAAAGAUCAAUGAAGAGUUGAAAACACAUAAUAAAGGUGGUUAUUUGGAUAAACAAGCAUUCCUUGAACGUAUGAAUGUCAAGCAGGAUGAUUUGUAUCUUCAAGCAAAAGAAGAAGAGAAACGUAGGAAACAGCUAUUGCAAAAGUAA